CUACCGCGAAACAAGAAAAUCAAAAUUUCGUUAGGUAUCUAAUCUCUCUAUCACUCUUGCAGAUUCGAGCAAUAAAGAGGCAGAUAACUAAAUUUCUAUUUUCGCGUUUACCGGUAGGCCCUUGUUAACAAACCGCCUUGAUGCAUCAUGCAAUGUCAUAUUUUAUUGUCUGUGAAAACUUGUCAAAAAACAGUUUAAGGAACAGUAUGUAUAAGUUAGUCUAUGAAUUUACUGAGUCGGUAGUGCUGCACUCUGGCGGCAGAACAUUGCAGUAAUAUCCCCUAUUUUUUUCAUAAUGCCCGAAUAUGUGAUGUAAUGUAAAUACUCUUAAAUAAUUCAAAUACUCUUUGCCCCUGAACCACAGCAGAGCUCAGAACAACUAUAAAACUUCACAACUGUCACAAGUUGUCAUUUAGGUACACGUCCAGUCUUCUAUCGUAAAUUUACCGUAAAUGUUCGAUGUAAUCUAUUAUGUGUAUCUAAAUGGUCGAUCUGGAUCGAUCCGUUUCAUGCAUCAAUCCAUCUAAAGUGUAAUAUAAGCCAUGCCGAGGGCGUUGGUGCUGGUUGUGUUGUGUGCGUUGUGUGAAGUGCACGCGCGAUAUGCAUUCUUCCGCUCGUUAGGACGCGACGCCUCUGCACGGCGCAUCUUUGGCGGCAUGGAGGCCCCGGCGGGCGCGUACCCGGGCGCCUGCGCGCUGCUGGACUCGUCGCUGGCGCCGCGCUGCUCCUGCGCCGUGCUGGCGGCGCGCUGGGCACUCACGGCGGCGCACUGCGCGAAGCCUGAGGUCGCCUACGUGCAGUUUAAUGGACGGGAUCGCUCCGACUCCAAUCUGGCGGCUGUAAAGCUCAUCUACGCACAUCCCGGGUUCGAGGCCGUGGUGAGAGACAUGGGCGAGGGCCCGGACGUGGUGACGCUGGAGCACGACCUGGGCCUGGUGCGCACGCGCGGCGACAUGUUGCUCUCCUCAUACUCGUACUUCCCCGUCCCCCGCGCCCCGCGCGCCAAUGGAGACAUCGUGGGCGGCAUGAUGGUGUACCAAGUCGAGGAUCUGCUAGAUAAGGAUAUUGAUAUUCUGGGCUAUGGUAUGACGGAGGCGAAACCGGCGGGCGAGCGACUGCGGGAGGUGCGGCUGAAGCUGGCCAUGUGCGGGCGCGAGGGCUGGCGGCAUUGCGCCUGCGCGGUCGGCGCGGUCAGCGGCGUGUGCUCCGGCGACUCGGGCGGGCCCGUGCUCUACAACGGCACGCAGAUCGGCGUGAUGUCGAUGGGCCCGGUGGAGUGCGGCGCGCCGUCGCCGCUCGGCGGGAAGGCCUCGGCGGCGGCCGUCUCCGUGUUCACGAUGCUCCGGCCGUACGCCGAGCUCAUCAACUCCACCAUCUACGACGUGGACACAGCGCUGCGCAUGCGCGAAGUGGCGCGCUCGGCGGCCAUGAGACGCAGGGCCGUGGAAGUGGUGUAUGCGGCGUCGCUGCUACUCUGCAGGAGCUUAUAACCGCCAGCCCCGACUCUCCGCGCACUCACGCAGUCUCCAGUCAUCCUGUCCUGUCCUGUCCUGAUGUCUCCUGUCCUAAGUCUACUUUUGUUUCCUCAAGUCUUAUUGCUUCCAACAGUGCUGGUUGCUGUUUCUCAGCGCCGCGCCGCGCCGCGCCGCGCCCGUAUAUAAUAGCGGUUUGCUUGUCUUUGUGACAUUCGUUCCCAAAGUACCUACCAGAUACCCAGUAAUUUAAUUACUGGCAGGACGAUUCAUAUCUAAAGCCAAAUGUAAAAUUUGAUGAACAUUUAUAAUGGCUCUCCGAUGUAGUAUUUUAACUGGAUAUCUAUAUUUAAUAAAAGGACGCUUGGUACGAGGAAUUUCGUACACUGACCCGCCGCCUGUUCCUAUCUCUAUCGCACUCGCGUAAUUAUAUUGCCGGCCCGCCCAUGAUAGCCCACCGGCUGUCGAUGUCAAUGUGCAAGCAGGACAGCAAUAUCAUUAUGCGCAUGCAAUAAAGAUAGCAAAACGCGGGUCAAUGUACGAUAUUCCUUGUCGUUAGCGUCUUUUCUUUAGAUUUUGGAACGAGUGACUAGUUUUGUCGUGUCUUUACUGUUUGUGUCUGUACUAAAGUGAAUCGGUUGUAUUAAACCAGUGCAUUGCUA